GGCUAAAUUGAACGUUUGUUGGUGAUGUGUUGCGUGGUGGUCUGUGUAAAUUAAUUAUUUGUUAAAUUAGUUAAAAGUAUGUUUUUACAAUCUUCAUAAUAUAAAAAAUAUAAUUGAGAAUGAAUUUUAAUGCUUCCAGAAACGUGGGCCAAGUAGGUGGUAUCCGUAAGGCAAAGCGUGUGAGCGAUGUGGCUGCUAUGGGGGCACCGUCGCCCGCUCCUCAAUUUCCCGCGGCGCCGGCAUAUAACCCAGGAUUUGCACCCGCCGGCCCACCUCCGUACCAAGAAGGAAUCCAAUUAGACACCCCGCAGAACUUUGGGUCUCCUGCUCCCGCUGCCCCAGCUGCCAAUUUCAGUUAUGGUUUCCCUCAAUCACCGUUGGCUUCACCUGCACAGCUUGGUUCAAUGCUACAACAACCAGUUGUUCAAGAUAUGGCGUACCAGUACGGUAACCAGUUGGCGGCGCAGGGUCGCGAGGCCGUGCGCGAGCACCUGGGCAAGUACGUGCCCGUGUCGCGGCUGCGGUACUACUUCGCGGUGGACACGAGAUAUGUGCUCAGGAAACUGAUGCUCAUACUGUUCCCGUUCACGCACAAGGAGUGGAUGUUGAAGUACGACCAGGAGUCGCCGGUGCAGCCGAGGUUCGACCUGAACGCACCCGACCUGUACAUCCCCUCCAUGGGAUAUGUUACCUACAUCCUACUCACAGGAUUCAUACUCGGACUCCAGCACAGAUUCUCCCCGGAACAAAUCAGUAUACAGGCGUCGAGCUCCCUGGCGUACAUAAUAUUCGAGAUGAUCAUGUAUCUAGUGACGCUGUACAUCACCAACACGACCACUAACCUGCGCACCCUGGAUCUGCUCGCGUUCUCCGGCUACAAGUACGUGGUCAUGAUCGGUGCGCUGCUCACCGGACUGGUGCUCGGGAAAACUGGAUACUACUGUACUUUACUGUACACGAGUUUAGCUCUGUCGUAUUUCCUGGUAAAAACCCUUCGAGUACAAGUGUUGUCCGGCUCCCAGCCAGGGGAGGCGGCCGCGGCGCCGAUGUACGGUGACCACGCCGCGUACGCAGCUCCGGACGCGUACGGCGCUUACGGCGCGCACGGCGCGUACGGCGCGCACGGCACGCAUGGCGGCACUAAGCGCCGCGUGUACUUCCUACUGUUUGUCGCCAUCACACAACCGCUGCUCUCAUUCUGGCUCACCUACAGUCUGCUGCCGCAUGACGUGCCGCCUGCGCGAUAGCAUCCCUACAUAUUCCAUAAAAAUAUUUAUAUUUAAUAAAAACCGUUUACGGUAUUUUUUACUCUAUUUUAAUUUGUUAAAAAAAAAUCGCAAAAAUAUUCUUAAAAGGUUUCAAUAAUGUGUAUUUAGUAAUAUACCGAUUUGACUGAUGAUAAUAAGUAAUAAAAAACAUAUUCUAAAACCCUGCCACUGAAUGGCGUUAGUGCCCGAAACAUUGUGAAAUAGUAUAUUUUAUGCUUGCAUUAAUAUUUGUAUGAUUGCAAUCGUACAAAAAUUAAGACUUUAUUACUAAGGAACAAGGUAAAAAUAAACAUAUUUCGUAAAUAACGUAGUCAAAGCGGGUUUUGUUUACCUACAACUACUGUGCGAAAUGUCUAUGUACAUAAUAAAUUAAUAUUUUACAUACAC